CAUUAUCCAUCUACCUCACCUUACCUACGGACGGCUACAACACGGCACCAAUAUGGGUGAAUGCUGUAUGUCGGCUGAAGAAUUGGAGAGAAAUAAGAUACAUCAGGAGAUUGAAAGACAGCUUCGCCGGGACAAGAGAGAAUCUCACCGGGAGAUAAAGUUGUUGCUUUUAGGGACUGGUGAGAGUGGGAAGAGCACCUUCAUCAAACAGAUGAGGAUCAUCCAUGGGACGGGCUACUCCGAGGAGGACAAGCGAGGCUUCACCAAGCUGGUGUACCAGAACAUCGUCAUUGCUGUUCAGAAAAUGAUCCAAGCCAUGAAGACCCUACGGAUUGAUUUCAAAGAUCACCAGAACAUUAGCCAUGCAGACAAGCUGAGCAGGGUGGAGGCAGACAUAUUGACCAACCUGGAACCAUGGCAGGUGGAUGGCAUCAGAAGACUGUGGAGUGACCAGGGCAUGCAGAAGUGCUAUGAGCGCAGGAGGGAGUACCAGCUCUCUGACUCUACCAAAUAUUACCUGAGUGACCUGGACAGAAUUGCUGCACCCUCAUACCUCCCCACUCUGCAGGAUAUCCUCAGGGUCAGGGUCCCUACCACUGGCAUCAUAGAGUACCCUUUUGACCUCAAGACUGUCAUCUUCAGGAUGGUGGAUGUUGGAGGUCAAAGGUCAGAGAGGAGGAAGUGGAUCCACUGUUUUGAGAGGGUCACCUCCAUCAUCUUCCUGGUGGCUCUCAGCGAGUACGACCAGGUCCUCUAUGAGAGCGCCAAUGUGAAUCGAUUAGAGGAGAGCAAAGCCUUGUUUACAACCAUCGUCACCUAUCCCUGGUUCCAGGAGUCCUCCAUCAUCCUCUUCCUCAACAAAACAGACCUCCUAGCGGAUAAGAUCUUACACUCCAACCUAGCAGACUACUUCUCAGCGUUCACUGGUCCACAGAGAGAUGCAGAGUCUGCUAAGAUGUUCAUCCUGAAUAUGUACAAAGAGCAGCACAUAGGGCGUCACAAAUCUCUGUACAACCACUUCACCUGUGCUACCGAUACGGAGAACAUCAGAGUUGUCUCCAAAGCUGUCAGGGACACAGUCUUCCAAGAAAACCUGGAUCGGUUCGGGUUAGGGGUUUAGGACUAGCGUGGUCACGGAUCUGUAUAUGCUACAAACGUGUUAUUUUAGUUUGGGGUUACAGUUUUGCUACAGAGUAACUGUGUUCUUGAAUAACACACUUUCUUACUAUAGCAGGACUUCAGAAACAUUUUGAUUUACACUGCCGUUCAAAAGUUUGGGGUCACUUAGAAAUGUCCUUGUUUUUUAAAGAAAAGCACAUUUUUUGUCCAUUAAAAUAACAUCAAAUUAUUGUGAAUCUAAUGUACUUGUCCUCUUGCUCAGAGUUGACGUUGAGAACUCUCCAUAGAGACUGGUGUUUUGCGGGUCAACAGUGAAGCGGCGACUCUGGGAUGCUGGCCUUCUA